AUGCACGCCCACAAGACUACACAGACGGACAGACAGGCGCUGGCCGCCACAACGCCGCUGGAUAACAAGACAGGCCACUGGUGGAAGGAUCGUGGACUGCUGAAACUCAACCUUCUUCUCUUCGUCCCGUUGAUGUCUGAGUACGUCCAGGGAUAUGACGCAAGUUUGAUCAACAACGUCCAGCAACUGAAGACCUGGCAAACUGAAUUCCACCACCCUCAAGGCAGUCUGCUCGGGAUUCUGAGCGCUUCAUACUGGAUUGGUAACAUCCUUGGGGUUUUCCUCAUCACCGUCUUCUCCGACGGAUUUGGUCGACGAACAGCAAUGUUUUUAGGGUCCUCGAUUUGCAUUGUUGGCACCGCUCUCACCACCGGAUCUAUCAACGCGGGCAUGUUCAUAGCUGGUCGGCUCCUCCUUGGAAUCGGAGGAGUGAUUGUCGGGGCUAUCGGACCUGUCCUUAUGGCCGAGCUAGCCUACCCGAGCCAUCGUGCUACAGCGACGGCCAUGUCAAACACGCAGUAUAGCACCGGUGCUAUCGUGGCCGCGUGGAUCACUUUUGGCAGCUUCCGGAUGAGCAGCACAUGGUCAUGGCGCAUUCCGUCUGUUUUCCAAGCACUCCCGUCUAUCUUUCAGGCUGUAGGAAUUCUCUUUCUCCCCGAGUCGCCGAGAUGGCUCGUCAGCAAAGGCCGUCACGAAAAAGCGCUGGAUAUCCUUGCGCAUUACCAUGCGAAUGGUGACCGUGAGGAUCCAGUAGUGCAGUAUGAAUACAAUGAAAUCUGCUCAACGAUCGAGAUGGAGAUUGCAGCGAAGCAGACACGGUGGAGCGAGCUUUGGCGAACGCCAGGCAACCGAUGGCGCAGCUUCAUCAUGAUCUGGUGCGGCAUCUGCAAGCAGUGGUCUGGCAAUGGGCUCGUCAGCUACUACUUGCAUUCGAUGCUUAACUCAGCAGGAAUCAAAACAGAGCUGCAGCAGACACUGAUCACGGCGACGAGUCAGAUGUUCAGCUUGGCGUGCAGCGUUGCGUUCGCGUUCCUACCCGAACGAGUCGGACGGCGGCCGCUUUUGCUGCUAAGCAUGGCGCUCAUGUGGCUCGUCUUCACGCUGAUAACCAUUUGCACCGGACUCUUCGUCGAGAAAGGGCCGAGCUGGUCAGGGUCGAAAUCAGCAUCGUACGCAUCCGUCGCGUUCAUCUAUCUGUACAGCGGCGUACAUAACCUCGGAUGGACGGGAGCCAUGAUGGUUUAUGUGGUCGAGGUGCUACCAUACACACUCCGAGCAAAAGGUAUCGCGCUCUUCUGGUUGCUCACGGGGGCAGCCGGAGCGUUCAACACGUACGUGAAUCCGCUGGGACUAGAAGCGUUCGACUGGAAGUUCUACUGGUUCUACGUGGCGUGGAUUGCAGUCGAGUUUGCAGUCGUAUACGUGUUCUUCAUCGAGACGAAAGGCCCGAGUCUGGAGGCGGUGGCCAUGUUGUUCGAUGGCAAGGACGCAACGGUGGGCAAAGUCAAUAAGGUGGUAGAUGCAGUCAAGGAGACUGAGGCCAGCGUGGAACAUGUGGAAAUGAUCGAGGGCGGCAAGAAGGACGGCCAACAGUAA